AUGGACGCCGCACAGGAUCCCAAACCCGAAAUGCAGUCGUCUACAGUUCUCGAUAUCGUCCAGGAUCCGAAAGGCGACAUGGUCAUCAAGGUCGGUGGCGGCGCUGACGCACAAAAGAUUCGAGUGCAUAAGUUCGCUCUGAGAAUAGCCUCCCCUGUGUUUCGAGUCAUGCUCGGUCCAUCCUUCAGCGAGUCGACUAGAGCGCUAAACGAGGAUGAUCCUCUUGUCCUUGAAGAGGACCAUGCCGAAGCUUUCACCACCAUGUGUCGUAUCCUUCACCAUCAGCCAGUCCACACCGCCAUUGCCCAGGCUCUGAUCGUCGAGAUGGCAGUGAUCUCGGACAAGUACGACUGCGCUGCGAUUGUCAUGCAGCAUGUCACCACUCGGAAAUAUGUCAGCACGAUCGGAUGGUCAGGUUUUGACGCCGUAACGCCGUCGCCUUCCGGCCUCGGCAACCUGCUGUGUGUAGCAUAUCUGGCUGAAGAUCACUAUCUUCUCUGGAAAACCUCACAAUAUGUUCUGACACACACAUCCGCGGCCGUACUCCAACACGACGUGCGACUGGACAAUAUCGUCCCUGCUGAAUUACUGGAUAGUAUCAGCGCCUUGCGAAAGUCCGAAACCGUCGAUAUCUUCGAGUGUGUCAUGAAGGCGGCAACCACGGCGCUGCUUCCUGGCACUGGGCCUGGUCCCGGAUCGAAACCACUUUGCCCCCGAGCACGAGAAAUCAUCGGAACCUUCUGUUUGGAACUACCAUUCGCUUCCACUACGGAAAUGGUUGCUCUUUCCCAGAAGAAGAGCUUGUUGCAAAUUUGCAUCCUGUUCAAAGACCUCGGAAAGAAUGCCUACGAUGAGGGAGGUGCCUGCACAUACUACCAUCAAGGCUAUCCAGUGAACUGCCAAAAUUGUUCCUCGUGGGCGACGCGUCUGGACCUCAACGGCGUCAUUCAGAAAGCGGUGAAACAGAAACGGGAUGCAAUACCUGGGCUUUGCCUGGCAUGCUACAAGGCACAUGGCCACUUCGUGCGUUCAGACUGUGAGCAUGACGAGGGCGGUCAACCAGGCGACAGCUGA